ACGAAAUUGGUUUUUGUGAAGAAAUUCUUUAAAUUAUUUGAUGGCGUCAAAUAAAAAGGUUUGUUUAUAUAAAAAUUGUAAAGGUGGAUAUGGACGAACUUUGUUCAAAUUCCCAAAGGAACAAGAACGUUUCAUAGUGUGGUGUGCAUACGCGGGAUUAGAAUUAGAAGGACUUGUGGAUAUUAAUGAUCCGAGAUUCUUAUGUGACAAACAUUUCAGCGUUAAUUAUAUAAGUAAUCAGUCAAGAAGGAAGAUGCUCGUACAUACAGCAAUACCUGAGAAAUGGCGCUCAAAUAUUGACUUAUCAGAAGAACCAAAGUUUAAUUUGAUCGGAUUUGAAUCAAAUAAAAAACGAAAGAUAUCAGAAUACACAAGAGCUGAACUUUCGGGCGAGCAUUCACUCAUUAGUACAAAUAUCGAAAUAAAUCCUCCGACAAUUCUGAACCAUAAACGAACAUCAAAUCGAAUUUCAGCUAACUCAACGUCAAACUCUCAGGGAGAUAUUAAAGAAGAACGUCUAAAUGAAGCAGACGAGAGUGUGAGUGAAGAUUAUCAAAUAACACAGAUUUCUCCAGUAAAGGAACCAAAAAAAUUAAAACACGACAGUUCUUAUGAAGAAAUUUGCAUUCAGUCGAAAAGCUCUCAAAAGAAGAUUCAAUUUUUUGUUGUGAAACCCAGAACAUCUCAGACUCUUCGAACCAGUUCAGGAAUUGAAGCUUCACAUUCGAGUCAAAAGCAGGAAAUAAUUGAAGAAGAUGAGAUAAUUGACACUGAAGAGAAUAUUAACCGAUCAAGUAUAGAAAGUAUUGAAGUUGAGGAUGAGCCAGAAAAGGUAUUGACGGAAAUUGAGGCAAUUGAAGGGUACAGUGAGUUCAUAUUCAAUGGUGAAAAUGAUAAAGUUUUUACAUCGCCUCUUGGAGGCAUUCAACACGACACAAUGACAGUGGACUUUAACGAUUACUUUUGGUUUGCGAUAAUGUCCAGUCACAAAAUUCCCAUCAAGAGAAAAGACUUAAACGGCUCAUCGACAUCGUCAAAUUCUUCGAUAUCGGAUGGUGGUCCCGAUUUGGCAUCUCUCUUUGAAUGUCCCGUUUGCUUCGACUACGUUCUACCACCCAUUCUCCAGUGUCAAAUGGGCCAUCUUGUCUGUUCCAGUUGCCGCUCUAAGUUAACUUGUUGUCCAACUUGCCGAGGUUCUCUGGGAAAUAUUAGAAAUUUAGCUAUGGAAAAGGUUGCAUCAAACGUAAAAUUUCCGUGCAAGCACUCAAACAAUGGCUGUGCUGCUUCGCUCGUAUACACAGAAAAGCCCGAUCAUGAGGAAAUAUGUGAAUUUCGACCAUACUUGUGUCCGUGUCCCGGGGCAAGUUGUAAAUGGCAGGGCUCUCUUGAUUCAGUCAUGCCACAUCUUAUAAUGCAUCAUAAAAGUAUCACGACAUUGCAAGGUGAGGAUAUUGUGUUCCUCGCGACUGACAUUAAUCUUCCCGGGGCCGUCGACUGGGUGAUGAUGCAAUCUUGCUUUGGUCACAACUUCAUGUUAGUUCUUGAAAAGCAAGAAAAAUUUGACGGUCACCAACAGUUUUUCGCAAUUGUUCAACUUAUUGGCUCUCGAAAAGAAGCUGAAAAUUUCGCUUAUCGCCUUGAACUGAACGGGAAUCGUCGUCGAUUGACAUGGGAGGCGAUGCCUCGAAGUAUUCACGAAGGAAUCAGCAGUGCCAUCAUGAAUAGCGACUGUUUAGUGUUUGAUACAUCAAUAGCUCAAUUGUUCGCUGAUAAUGGAAAUCUGGGAAUCAAUGUGACGAUAUCUCAGGGCGAUAAAAAUAAUGGCUACGAGGUGCUUUACCACAACAUGAAGCAUGGUGUAGCGGCUAGUAAAGAGCUGAUGGAAUAUUUUAAAGAGCGUUCAAGUCUUGAUGAACAAAAUUCAAAGGUGCUUUUGAAACUCGCUCACAAAGUGGGCUCGAGUGGUGCUUCGGGAACAUUUUCACCACUUUUAGUCAUCCUGAAAACAUCAGCUGAACGAUUAUCGGAACUUCACACACAAAUGGUGCAGAAAACAACUGAAUUGGUGAAGAAUAUUUUGAAAUAUGCCGAUGAACUUCACAAGAAACAUAAAACAGUGAAAGAAGAGGAAUCGAGCACUCAAGAUGCAGUUCAGCAAAUGAAGGAAUCGACGGUCGCGUUACAGAAGUCGAAGGAUCUUUAUCAGGCUCGUCUUCAAGAAGUGGAGAAACUUCGAAGAGACAAUGCAUCAGCGAAAGACAUCGAAAAGGCUGAAGCGAAAAUGAAGAAACUUCAAGAUGAAUACAAGAAUUUGGCGGAAAAACAAAAUCCGAUAAAACAAGAGUUUGAACGUCGAAUGACGGUAACAUGCAAGCGCUUUCAAGAUGUCGAAGAAGCACAUCUUAAGCAGAUGAAAGAAUUCAUCAUGAUGUACAUUGAAAUUGUUCAGAAUAAUCACGAUCUGGUGGGACAAGUUCACACUGAUUUUAAACGUCAAUUCUUAGACUUAACUGUCGAUAAAUUGUUGGAGCAGUUUGUUUUGAAUAAAUACACUGGGUUGGAGAAGCCAGCGAAUGUUGAUGUCGAAUUGUGUGCCAAUGUUCCAUCACAAAAUUUACUUCUCGACACAACGACAAUAUCAUCAUCGGGUGUAAAUGAUUUGCACGCUAUUUCAUCAUCGUUUGGUGUUAAUAAUACAACGGCAUUGUCGUCCCGUGACUCACCAUCGAUUGUGUCAUCUUCCUCGAAUCAACAACAAUUACAAACGACAAGUGGUAAAAAAGAAAGCCAUUUGUUUAGCUGGUUUGCAUCGUCAAGUUCAACAUCAGCGACUUCAUCAAAUGUUCACAAUAUGUCGGCUACAUCAACGUCCUCGAGUGCCACAACAGCAAGUCCUUUGACAGUUGCUCACCGUUCGCAACAAAAUGAAACAAUGACAGCAACAGCGACAUCAUCUAAUGGACAGGAGGGUGCGUCUCCCCCAAGUACGAAAAUAAGUAGUAAAUUAAGUUAUGGGGAAAUGUUUAAAUUUAACAAAAAUGGUAACAAAUCGUCAGCGUUGGAUCAACAUGCGGUGGAACAACCGUCAAAAGAACCACAACAAAAAUCUUCCCGCCGCACUACUUCCCUCUUAAAUCUCUUCAUGUCCAAUUCCCAGGGAAGUCGUGAUUCGAAUGCUAAUAAUGAAGUUCUAUCAGCACCAACCAGCCCUGUCGAUCAAACACCUUUAUCGACUUAUAUUGGACGCAAUCCGUUGCGUGGAUCAAAAUUUUCGGGUUUUCUAAGAAGUCGUCGUGAAAAGGCAAAGUCCAAGAAGAACAGCAAAAAGAAGAAAGAUGGUGAAGCUAACAGCACGAAAGAAGAAACGAAAUCAGAUACAGAAGAGAAAGAUGACACGUUGUCAGCAAUAUCAGGUGGCUCAUUGAAACCGGAAAUGGUUUCGAGUCAACCAACAACAUCACAUGCGACCAUCACAACACCAACAUUUACUUCAUCAUCAGUUGUUGUACCGACAGCCACACCUGAAGUUGAUGAAGAUGAAUAUUCAAUUAAGCCACCGAUGGAGAGCUGGGAGAAGAAUGGAUCGCCACAGAAAACAAACUCAUAUUCAAGUUCUGAUAGUGACAGUGAAGAUGAAAUAGAACGUAAAAUUCAUGUUGAAAUUAAGCCAUUAAACAACGGAACUGCGCCAAUUUCCGCAUCGGUUGAUGAGCUUCGUGCGACAGUCGAGAAUCUCUCAUUAUCUCCCAUUGGUGUACUUUCGAAUCUGAAUUCGUUCAAAGAACGUCGUAGUUCACAAAAUGAAAAUGAACACAUGAAGAGAUCUCAGUCAAUGUCGCAACAGAUGGCUGAUAAAGCCGGUGACAUAAUGAGUCUUAAUCAUGUUUUUCAGCAACAUCAGCAGAGUCCAAUUGCAUCAAAUGCGAGUACACCAACAACAGCUCAUCCUUAUGCGCCACUUCAAAGUCCAACAUUGUCAUUGACGAAUAAUUCCACAUCCAACCGCUAUGCUGAUCUUGGCGAUAUCUUCUCUGAAGUUGGUGACAUUUCAGCACCAGCAUCUGCAUCAAGCACGUCAAAACUUCAACGACAAAUUCCAACUCCAAAUAGUUCAAUUGCCAUUCCACGACCACCAUCAAGACGAUCUGAACAAAUACGUGCAGGUCGUGUGUCACCUGCGACAAUGGCAAGAGCUGACAGUGUUGGAAGUUUAGAAUUCCGAACAGCUGGUGUUGGGCUUGGUUCUCGCGGACCAUCGCCAUUAACAAUUGGCAUGAGUGAUACAAUUCCACUUGCAAUUGCCUUCCAUGAGAUUAUUCAUGCAUUUUUCAAAGGAAGCGAUGAAUCUCGCUGUCAGGUGAAAAUAUCUGGCGAUAUGAUGCUUUCCUUCCCUGCUGGUAUUGUCAAUGUUCUCGCCAAUAAUCCUAAUCCCGCCAAGCUUUGCUUCCGUAUUAAAAAUGUUCAGAAUCUCGAGAAUAUUUUACCGAACAAGCAGCUUAUCAAUGUUGAGAAGCUUCAAUCAACGAGUUUAGGAACAACACUUGAGUUUAAUAUGUCAGCUUUGACACUUCUCCUGCGUCGUCAAUCAGAACAAAAUCCAACAGCUUCUUAUUUCAAUGUUGAUAUUCUCAAGUAUACUGUAAAAAGUAAACCAGGCGCUCAAUCUUGUCCAUUCCAACUUGUCUCAUACUGGAAGUGCGAAUCAACUCACACUGACAUUAAGAUCGAUUAUAAGUACAAUAGUCAUUCGAUGGCAUCACCUUCGCCUCUUUUAAAUGUGUCAAUUUCCGUGCCAGUUGACGGAGGCGUUAAAAAUGUGCAAUCAAAGCCGCAUUCAGCAUGGCUUGGUGAAUCGAACAAACUUAUUUGGAACUUUACUGACAUUUCUCAACAUUCUGACAAUGGUGGAAUCGAUACAUUGAGAGCUCGCUUAGAAAUUGGCAAUGGACCAUCUACGCCUGCAAUUUUGACCACACAAUUCAAUUGUGAAGGUACAACUUUAUCUGGAAUUGAUUUUGAAUUGAGCGGAAGUGGUUACAGAAUUUCUUUGGUGAAACGACGUUUCGUUGCAGGAAAAUAUAUUUGCGAAGGUGAUGGCGUCACACGUGGCAUUAAAACACCCACGCCACCAUCAGCUUCACCGAGUCCUUACAGUCGACCAGGAUAACAAAAACUCGCCAUUAACCCAAAUAUGUUUCUGUUUUAAGAGAGCUUUGAUUUAUUUCUACGGUAAUCUUUCGCUAUACUACACUGCAAUCAAACUUUAAUUAAAAACAAAAAUAAUCGCAAAAAUUUCAUCGUGAUUUUACGUUAGCCGAAGUUUUUAGGAUUGAACGUAAAAACUGAGAGAUAAACGACAGAAUGAAAUAAAAAUUCUCGGGCAAUUAAACAACAAAUAGAAGUAAAUGAGAGAAAAAAUAUUGUUAAUUAUUUAUGGGACUUUCCCGUGUACUCUUCUUGACCAUCUCAUGUCAUUUAUGUAUUAAAAAAUUCUUUAAAUGUUGCAAUUAGAAGUUGAAGAAAAAUUAAAUUGAAUAACGAAUAGUGUAAUGGAUGGAUAAAGUUCUAAGAUCUCUUCCUGGACACUUUUCAAUUCGUUUAAUGGUAAGCAAGUGUAACUUUGUUAUAUCAUUCUCUGAAACUUUUUGAAGAGCUUUCAAAAGCUCAUGAGCUAAACUAUUUAAAACGAGGUUUAUGUGUUAAAUUCUUUCCAACGAAUCGCUUUUUGAUACAACAAAAACAAUUACUUUCCGAUUUCUGUUCCGAAAUAUCAUCAAAUGAAAACAAAUCACAAUUAGAGCUUUAACGCCAUUAAAAAAAACAACACAAACUGCAAACUCAAUUUUUUUUAAUUUUAUUCUUUAAUAAUCACAUCGGCACUAAAUAAAAUUUCUUAUAGAAAUGUGAAAGAAGUCUACAAUUUAUAGAAUAAAAAAUUGCAUUUAAACACAAUAA